GGGACGUCCGUGGUGCCUGCCGGGAGGCUGGUCCACAGGCGUGGGCAGGGGGCGCGGGGGACCCUUACUGGGCAUCCCCGGAGCCACGGGGGUCACCUGGCAGCGGCUGUGUCCAGGCCGGACUUCAUCAGCCCCGCUGUCGCAGUCACCCCCCAAAAAUAGUCCACCCUGACCUCGCCACUGGACCCAGGCUUGGGUUCCGGGCACUUGGGAAACCGGGUCACGUGCAAGGGAACCGCGCGCCCAGAAGAGGCGGAAGUCUCGAGGCCACGCCCGCAGACGCGAGCCUCCCGCCCUCAGGCCACGCCCGGCGCCGCCCGGUUUCAGAUCUAGGAUACGCUCACGGGCCGGAGAAGGCCCGCCCACAGGCCACGCCCACCUAUAGACCACGCCCACCGCUCGGGGUCCCGAGACUCGCCGGGCCCGGGAAGUGGCGGAGCGGCGGCCAUGCGGACCGGGGGCGGGGCGCUGGCCAUGGCCCGCGGCCCGGGGCGCCCGCUCGGGCUCUGCCUCCUGCUGCCGCCGCUGCUGCUGCUGCUGCUGCUGGCGGGAGCGGCGAGCGCGGACGCCGAGGAGCCGGGCGCGGGCGGGGCCGGGCGCCGCUGGCCCGACAUGCAGCAGCGGCUGCGGGAGGCCGCCGCCCUCUGCCGCCGCUACUGGACGCUCCUCAGCUGCCGCGUGUGGCCGGAGGACUGCGAGGAGGACGCGGCGCGCCCGGGCUGGAGCCUCCCGCUGCUGGGCCAGCAGUACCUGGACAUCCUGGUGACUUGGUAUCACCGUUUCCUGGAAGGUGACGGGGACCACAUCAAUGACCUCUCAGGCCUGGAGACGGACCUGCGGCUGCGGCUGCACGGCCAGCACCUGGCGCGGGAGCUGGUGCCCAGGGCGGUGAGGCGGCACCUGGAGCAGCCGCGGCCCCGCCGGGCCCUGGCCCUGGCCUUCCACGGCGGCUCGGGCACCGGCAAGAACUUCGUGGCGGGGAUGCUGGCCGAGCGCCUGUUCCGCGCCGGCCUGCGGAGCCCCUGCGUGCAGGUGCUCAUCGCCACGCUGCACUUCCCGCACCCGCAGCACCUGGACCGCUACAAGGAGCUGCUGGCCCGGCAGAUCCGAGGGACUCAGGGGCGCUGCGGCCAGACCCUCUUCAUCUUCGACGAGGCCGAGAAGCUGCACCCCGGCCUGCUGGAGGCCCUGCGGCCGCACCUGGAGCGCCAGCAGCACGGGGCGCCCGGGGACCCCGACAGCAUCUUCCUCUUCCUCAGCAACCUGGGGGGCAGCGCCAUCAGCGACACGGUGCUGCAGCUGCUGCGGGCGGGGCUGGCCCGCGAGGACAUCACCUUGGAGCACCUGGAGCCCCGCCUCCAGGCCGAGAUGGCCGCAGACGGCGGCUUCGGGCAGAGCGCGCUGGUGCGCGCGCGGCUGGUGGACCUGUUCGUGCCCUUCCUGCCACUGGAGGCGCCGCAUGUGCAGCGGUGCGCGCUGGACGCCUGCCGGGCGCGUGGCCUGGCCUGCGGGGACGCCGCCCUGCGCGAGCUGGCCGCUGCGCUGGUCUCCGUCCCCAGGGAGCAGCCGCGCUUCUCGGCGCAGGGCUGCAAGUCCGUCUCGCAGAGGCUCAGCUACCUGUCGCCGUGACGGCCGCUGCAGGAACCCGGGAGCACUGGACGGGAGCACUAUGCCGGUGGGACAGAUUAAAGCUGGUAUUUUUCUAGA